GGAUUUCAUUGUGUGGGCAUGAUUGAUUGAGCUUUGGCCGUGUGAUGGAAGUCACUCUCCAGCCUCCUUCCCUUCCCUGGAGAUUGGACUGGCUCCAGUUCCCCACCCUCUAACCACAAAAUCCGCAGCCUUAUCCUAAGACCACCUGCUGACUCACCGUCAGUCACCUCUUUAGCAUCAUCAACUCCAACGUGAUGGAAGGAGCUUGGGAAGAACAGAGACAUUCUCCUUACUCAGGAAAUUCUAAGCCAAGCAUUAGAAUCCUCCGUCCAGGAAUCUGGGACAAAAACAGUUGGAAAGACGUCUCUGAUCACAAGGUUCAUGUACGACAGCUUUGACAACACAUACCAGGCAACCAUUGGGAUUGAUUUCUUGUCAAAAACCAUGUACUUGGAGGACCGUACGGUUCGACUGCAGCUUUGGGACACAGCUGGCCAGGAAAGGUUCCGUAGCCUGAUCCCCAGCUAUAUCCGGGACUCCACGGUGGCUGUGGUGGUGUAUGACAUCACAAAUCUCAAUUCCUUCCAGCAGACCUCUAAGUGGAUUGAUGACGUCAGGACAGAGAGGGGCAGUGACGUCAUCAUCAUGCUGGUGGGCAACAAGACAGACCUGGCAGACAAGAGGCAGAUAACUAUCGAGGAAGGGGAGCAGCGUGCCAAAGAACUGAGCGUUAUGUUCAUUGAGACCAGCGCGAAGACCGGCUACAACGUGAAGCAGCUCUUCAGACGUGUGGCAUCGGCUCUGCCUGGCAUGGAGAACGUCCAGGAGAAAAGCAAAGAAGGGAUGAUCGACAUCAAGUUGGACAAACCCCAGGAGCCCCCGGCCAGUGAGGGUGGCUGCUCCUGCUAAUGCAGAGCCGGACCCAUGGCUUCCUACACACUACUUGCUUGUUGUGUUGCUUCCUAUUGGUUAGCUUCCUAAUGGGGGUGGGAAACAAGUUUACCAAGAUGGGAGGAUUUUUCUUUUCUCUCUGUCUCUAGGAGUAGAGUGGGAUAGGGAGGGAGGCUGGGCAUCAGGGAUCACAUCACUCCUAACAGCUGUUACUUAAACAACUAUUUUUGGUUUGGUUGUAAUAUAUUGUACUUUAUUAAGAUUGCCAAAAACUGUUAAAAUUUAAAAAAAUUUAAAUCAUGUGUAUACAACUUUUUGCCAGAUAAAAAUGUAGUCAUUUUUAUUUGAAAGAUGUGCUUUUUGUUUUUGUAUAUUUGUAAACUUAUAGAGAACCUUUUCCACACACCCCUUCCUUCCUAUUCUCUUUGAACUGUUUAUCACCUCUGCCUUCCUCCCAUCCCAGCCCAGUAAAUUAAAGCAAUUAACUGAGCAACAUAAUUAGGCUCCAGGCCAGGCCAUCAGGCCCAGACCAACCAGGCCCCACCAUCCAGGCCCAUGAAUGAUGAAAUCAAACAUUGGUUGAACAGAACAGCCUCCAGAGAGGCAGUACUGCUCAGGCCUUCCACAGGCAGUGCGGGACAUUGGCAUUAACAGGGUCCUGAGCUGAAAUAAACACCUUGCAGACUGUAGGAAGCCCACAGCAGGCCCUGGAAGAUUGCUUCUGCCUCUCCUUUUCCUCCCCUAAAAAGUCAUGAAGGAAGUGGAAGGCAGAGGCACCUUAUGUUCUCUGUGCCUGCUCGGUGACCAGCAGAGCAGAAGCUCAUAAGAAGGACGGGUGCUGUUGGCAACUGCAGGCUGUAGUAAUAUGUGGCUUUAUAGACUAGGGCGCACCCCAUGUAGUUCCAAGAUCUAACCAACCUGUCCAAUGGUCAGCACACACAGCUGGGUUGACUCUCAGAAACUCAGUGUGUGAUGCCGAACAGGAUAUUACCCGGGAGCCCUCCUCCUGGCAUGGCAGGGAUGCUGGAGCCUGUACCACAUGCUGUUGGUCCCUCUGUGGCUGGGAGGGGAGAACUGUCUGCAGAACUGCCACCUCAGAAGACACAUAUUCUCAGAUCCUCAGUUGCUAAUACUUCUGCGUAGUGUUCUGGGAAAGAGCAUAUCCGAUUUCUCAGUAUGUUUUCAGACAUUGGCAUGGUACAGUUGAAAUCUUUGUUUGCGUACCUUUGUGGAUAUUGUGGUUACACUGUGGGCACCUGGAAGUAGGUCUAAAGUGGGGUUUCCAGAAGGCUGCCCAGGGUCCUGGGCUCUGCCAGGCCACAGAAAGCCACCCUUGCCCCAUUGACUCCUUCCUGAGAAUGGCUUAAUCCUCAGAACCUGUCAAAUCCCUGAAGAGAACCUUCCCUUCUGUGUAUUAUAACUUGGCCAGCAUUCCAAAUUGACCUGGAUUCUCCUCCCCUACGCCUGUACAGUCUGGCAGGAGGCUUUCACUAACCAAAAUGUAAGCCCUUCCCACCCAGGUGGCCUUGGCUCUUCCUUCAGGCUGCCAAGGGGAUGCCAUAGAUGGGCUGCAGUACCUUCUGAGGUAUGGCAGUCUAACAAGAUUGCUAGAAUGGACUUUGGAACUUCUCAGAAAAUAACCUAAAAUGGCAGCCAAGAAUUUAAAAUGAAGAGCUAAUGUUUGUGCAGUAGGCUUGCCACAUGCCUUCAGCCUGGGAGAUUGUGUGCCCAAGCUGAUCUCUAGAGAGGAAUUUAUCUUCAGAUGAAGAGGAGAGGAAGCAGGAUUCCAGCAGGCACCUCCUCUGGAAGGCAAAGACCAAUGUAUAAGCAUAAUUUAAAUGUCGUGUUUAGUUUUUAUAUGUGUGUACAUAAUUAUAUAUAGAGAUAGACUUGUGUAUACACCUUCCACAAACACAUCUUCACACAGAGAUACAUGUGCUCAAUGUAUAUUCUUGUCUUUCCUGCUCUCAAAUUGGAACUUGCAUUGUGAAAAAGUUUCAGAAAUUCAAAAGUACUGCAACGUGUUGAAAUAAGAAAUAAUAUUGUCAAAUAAUUUGUGAUUGUCUUGCCAUCAAUAAAGUAAUGCAUAGGUGUGUUAAACUACAGGCAAAAACAGCCCACAGAAGUAUCUCUACCACCUCUCUAUGUACUUAUAUUCACGGGUGUGCAUGCCUGUGUGGGCCAGUGUCCCCCACUGUGAGCACACCCCCAAGUGGUGCUUGUUGGAAGAGUGCUUACUUACCUCGUGAGAAUUUAUAGGAGUCUACAUUAUAGUGUCUGGCCUGGUCGGCCGUAAGGACCAUCACUUACAGCCUCUGGGACAGCCCCAUGGACAGCGAUCUGCACUGUGUCUUAGAGAAAGAAUGUAUGGUAGAUUUAAAUUUUCUUAGACUGGAGAGUAGCUCUUCUUAAAACACCCUAUAAAACAAAGUAGAAACUCACUUUCCUUCUCUUGUGUACACAGUCCAAGGCACCAUGGUCUGUUUUUCUACUGUGGCCUAGAGGAGUAGUAUGCGGCACUAGAUGUCAUUAUGGCCUGAUUGAGUCCUGAUCGUCCCAGCCUGCGCACAAUAUCCUCUCUC